AUUUUUAUUCACAAAAAAAAAUAGUUACCAAGAUUUAGUACAUGAAAUGAAAUAUAAGUGCAAAGAACACUUCAUAUGCAGCAAUUACCAGUCUCUUUGAAAAUUACUUCCCUUUGAUAUACAUGAUAUAUGCUGAAGUCGGUUGUUAUCAUGGUUAUACAACAAUUAUAGCUCCAAGUUGGCUUCCCCCAUUGAAACAGGAAAAGAUUAUGGUGCAUACAUCAAAGACAGAAAACAGAAAGUUAUAUUUUUUGGAUUCUCUGGUUUUAAGAUUUAUUAAGAAUGGAUGAAGUAAUCAGUGUUUCUGUACCGGGAUAUAAAGAUCAAGUAUUUCAUUCACUGCAUCAGUUACAACAAAGGGGAGUUAACUGUGAUGUAACACUUCAAGCGUGUGAUGGCAUUGCAAAUCUUCACAGUAUUAUAUUGGAGGCAAACAGUGAAUCACAUUCAAACCAUCAUGGAUUCAAAAAAACACAAAAAAGUCAUCAAAUUGACUGUACAAAAUACAGUAUUCAAGUAGUUGAAGCAGUGGUCAUAUGUUUAUACACAGGAGAAAUUAUUAUAGAAGAAAAGAAUAUUUCUGAUCUUAUUGAGGUGUGUGAAGAUUUAGAUCUAAAUCAAGUAUGUGAGACUUUAAAACAGCAUCAUAAAAUAUUAUUUAAACCUGAAGAAUCAUAUUCACAAUUUGAUAAUGGACAGAAUGAGUCUUCUAGAUUCAUUGAUGACGAUGAAGACGAGGAUGGUGAUGAUGAGGGUGAUGAUGGGGGUGAUGAUGAUGAACAAAGCUUUAAAAUGUCUCCAAUGCAUUCAGACUCGGAUGAUGUAUUGGGUAAAGAAAUAGUGAACGAAGGAGAACAUUUAUAUCUUAAAAUUACCAACACUCCAAUUACAUGUAAAUCUGAAAAUAGUAGUGAUCAUGAAAACCUAAACAGUAAUGAUAUUUCUGAUGAUGAAAAUAGCAUCAGUACCAAACCUUAUGAGAAAGAACUCUCUGAUAAUGACAAUUUGAAACAUACUGUAAGAGAAGAUUUGACCAGUCUGGAAGAUUCUGUCAUCCCUGAAUUUGUGAGUGUCUCUGACAACAUGAACAAGCGAGAAAAUAACGGCAAUACUACUUCCUUUGUAAAAAUUAGAAAGAGGACUAAAAAAGAAUAUGUUGAUACUAUAAUACCUGAAAAGUCAACCAAAGAAGAUUCUGUAAAACAGGGGAAAACAAAAGAAUCUAGCGAAGUAUCUUGUAAGAUAAGAUGUCAAAAGAAUGUUCGAAGAAAGGGAACAAAACGCUCUUAUAAAUCUAAUAUAAAAAGUGAAGAAAAAGUUUCCUCAAAUAAAAGGUUAAAGCAAAUAAAGAGAGUGAAGAAACAAAAACCUGUAAAUAAAACAACAAAAACUGAAAGAAUAAAUCGCAAAGUUUUAAAAAAGAAAGAAAAGGACACAUCAGACGAUGAUAAUGAUGAAGAAAAGGAUGAAGAUUUUAGUGUGGAUUCUGACAUGACAAGUACAAAAAAGGAGUGGAAAUGUGUUCAGUGUAAUUUAGUUUUCCCAUCAUAUGCAAAACGUGGAGAUCAUUUGAGGGAAGUUCAUAAGCCUUAUCCUUGUGAACUGUGUGACUGGAUUGGAAUACAACCCCAUCUUUAUGCCUCACAUAUGUACGGACAACACAAAGUUGUCAUUUUUCCAAAGAAAUAUCCGUUGGUUGAAUGUGAUGUUGAGGGAUGUUCACACAAAUGUUUAAAUAUAAAUUUAUACAACCAUAAAAAAUGUCAUCGCUAUAAAACCGACAAGUUAGUGUGCCAUGUUUGUGGAAUGGAGUUUACAUCAGAAGGAGGCUUGAGAGCUCACUCCUCUCAUCAUAAGGAAGAAGAAAUGAAAUUUAAAUGUAAAGAAUGUGGUAAAGUGUUUGGAUGGGAUCAUGAACUUACCAAACACUUGAAUGCUGAACAUAAAAGUUAUAAACUUUGUCAUAAAUGUCCAUUCAAGUCCAAGGUUCAGAUGACAUUGUCAAUUCAUCUACAUAAUGUACAUGGAGAAGCUAUCCCUUCCAACAUGAAAAAAUACCAGUGUGAUUUGUGUGAUUUCUACUGUUUCUACCCUAGUUAUUUAAAAAAUCAUAAACAAGAAAAUCAUUCAGAGGAUCUGAAUUUCAAGUGCAGUGAUUGUCCAAAGAAAUUUAAAACCAAUAAAUCAUUAUAUAGUCAUAGAAUUGCCUCUCACAGCAAUGAAGUAUUUCGAUGUGACAAGUGUAGUUACACAACGAGGUCUAGAAGGACGCUUAGAACACAUGAACAGUGUACACACUCUGAAGCUCGUCCAUUUUCAUGUCAUAUUUGUGAAUAUAGCUGCAAGUUGAAAGGAAAUUUAAACAGCCAUAUGAAAAAUAUUCAUAAAUUAGAAAUAAUUUCAACACAUAAACUACGUGAACAAAUGAUAAAGACAGGAAAAGGUUAUAAUGAAUACAUGAGUGCUAGAAGGAAUUUCAUAGAUUCAGAAAAGAGUUCGUCAGACUUAUCCGUACAAACUAGACCAAUAAGUGAAAAAACAAUUACAACUGGAAAAAGUUAUAAUGAAUAUGCUGGUGAAAGAAUGAAUUUUAUGGAUUCUGAAAGAAUUUCAUCAAAUUUAACCUUACAGAAUAGACCAAUAGGUGAAAGUUACAAUGAACACAUCCCAGUACAUGUUUCAGAAGAAAGACAUGUACAAAUGGGAGAUAAUUUAGAAAAAUAUCAGGAAUUAUUAAACUUUGUUGGGAAUUGCAACAUACCAUUAUCAUACUCUUAAAAUAGUGCAACUUUAUUGAAGACAUAUUUUAAUUAGCAGAUUUUAAAAAGGCCAAACAAAUGUGCAUUCAGAUCAGGGUAUCCUAACUGACCAUAUGGUUUUUAAUAUGAGGAUUUCUUCCAAAACAUUUCACCAACACAUCAGUUGCCAUAAUUGCUAAAUUAUCUAAUCAAAAUAUGCAACAGAACUGAACAAAACCCUGUUAAUCAUGGUCAAUCAGUUCAUUGAAAAAUUGCAAUUGGUGACUUUCUAGUAAAAGUAUCUAUAAUAUCAGAACCAAAUUUGGUGAAGACUUGAUAAUUUUUUGGCUUGUUCAAAAAAGGUUUGACCUACCAAUAAGCUGGUCCUCAACUGACUACUACACUUUGUUCAUAGACAGCCGGUCAGAGCCGUUCUAUUGUAGAAUCAGAUUAGUCAAGAGACUUGUUUUCAAUCUCCUGUAUUAGAGGUGAACAAUACACACAGAUACAUAUUUGGCCAAUCAAAUUACGUGUACUUAACAUAGAGAAAUACACAACUUUCACAUUUUUUUUCCCCCGAUUUUUUAAAAUUUCACAAGGCUUAUGUUAUUACGUCACAAUGAGAGCUGAAUGUUCAAUGGCGUCAUCUACAUCGAUGCGUUGCCAUGUAACAACGAAACGUAAAAUCUCAUUAAAAUCCUGAGGGCAGAAUUCUGCCCCCCACAUUGGGCCAUACUGGCUAUGAACAAAGUGUAAUAGUCAGUCAAGAAAAAGCUUAACCUACCAACUAUAAUUUUAAAAAAGGAAACUAGAAACACGCAAAUUGUUUUUGCCUAAUUUUAGGAUCCAACCUGCUAAAAGUUGUUGUUUAAGUCAUACAUGUUAUAAAUUUGAAAUUUUUAGUGCCAUUCUUUUUUACAUUUUUUGUUUUGGUUUGUUCCUUUGUAUUGUUAAAAUAACUUUUAAAUCUCUAUUCAUGAGCUAACCUUUUUGUAAUGUCAAUUUUACUACAAGCAUUCUUGUUUCCACCAUGAACAUGGUGAAUAAAAUUUUUAUACAAUGUCACUUGGCUCUGAGCUAAGGGUAGUAUUGAAACCAGAUAUUCUGACACUAUAAAAUGAUGAGAUAUGGUAUGAUAGUCAAUGAGACAACUAUCCAACAUAGUCCAAAUAAAGUGGAUUAAAUGUACAGCCUUCAACAAUGAGCAAAACCCAUACUGUAUAUAAGGCCCCGACUUGACUAAAUGUGAAACUCUUUUUUUUCUCUGGUAAUACAGUAUGUCAAUAGGGAUUUUACUUACUCUACAGCAUUAAUUUUCAUUAGAUUUUGAUGCAAUAUUUUUCUCUGUAUAAAUUAUAAAGUGUGUAUAUUGUACUGCAUUGGAAAAUAAUAUAGUAAGAAAUGAUUUUUCAUUGAAACCUCUCAUUUUUCGUUUUAACAAUAUAUGAUGUCAUUUUUCCAUAGUGUAUACAAUAUUCAGACUACAAAUAUACAUGUUUUUAUAUAUGUAUCUAUCUGUUUCAUAUCAAAUAACCAUAUGCAGAUAAAUGACAGAAUUUAUUUUUGCGUCUUCCAAAACAUUUUUAUUCCGUUUUGUGCCAAGAACAUAGUAAUUUAUUUUUACAUCAGAAAAUGUAUUUUUAUUUGAUUUAUAAUAUAGUGCUUGAGGAUUUUCAGGAAAAAAAAUCUUGGAUAAACUAUGAAUUUGAAGAUGAAGGGACUAAUGUGAAAAUCUGUAAUCGCAAAACUGUAUUGUUAACUUCACAAACAAGGUCAGCAGUUGUUUUUUCUUUGAGUUAUAUUUGUUUUGUGUUUUAUGUUUUUUUAUUUUUUAUUUGGCCCUUUGUUGUCUAUUUUGAAUAAUUCAAACUGUUUUUUAUAGGCCUUUUAUAAGUUAUUUUAUGACAUAGAUUCAUUAUUUCACUUUUUUGUCCUUUUUCAAUGCUUGAUAUAGCUGUUAUUAUUGGCAAUCAUUGCCCAUUUUCUUUAUUUAUAAACUGGAACCACCCUAAUGUUGCUGUUGGAUGAGCUGAAAGUAUACUUGCUCCUAUAGAAUUAGUCAAAUAAAUCACUGGAUACAUUUAUAUAUUUUAGUUUACAAAUUUAUCUUGUUACAACUUUGUAAAAUAAUGAGGUAUAAGUUUGUAAUAUUUUGAUGAAUUACAUUGUUCAAUCAUAUUUCUUUGUUUCAAAAGAAUUGUAUGAAUGAGUAUUAUAGAGAUGUAUGUGUAUUUUGAGGUUUGGUAGUUGUCUAAUUAUUGCUAACCUGUACCUAUGGUAGAAAAUAAAUUAUGUAAAGUUGCAUAUUUCAGAGGAGUUGAUCUGCCUAAAGAUCAAAUUAAUGUUAGAAUUUAGAAAAAAAACCUCUAUGACAUAUCGGAUAGAUCUUGCGUAAUGUCAUCAACUGAUUAACAUGAAGAUUAACAUUUAAUUGGUUAACAAUAAAGUACUUUAAGAAGUAAAGUGGAAAAUAAGGAACUUUUGAAGUUUUACUACUUGAUUAUUUUUAAACCAAUGUUUUUUUUUGUAAAUCAUCAAAUUAAUUUUUUGUGAUUUUUUUUGUAUUAUUUUACAUUUUUUAUACAAUAACUUUAUAGUUCUAAUAUGUAAAUAUGCAUUUUUGCACUACAAAACUAUACAAGAAGCGAUAAAGUAUUUUUAGUACAUUUAUCAUUAGAUAAUAUGAUUUUAGCUCUUGAUAUGAAUGUAAUAUUCUAAUAUGAAAAAUCUAGAAUUUACAAACAUAUGGUUCAAAUUUCAAUAUGAAUUUCACAAUUGUAACCCUCUUAUGAGGGUUCUUCUGUUUUCAUAUACAGUCAUAAAAUAUAUAUCUUAUAUAUUUAUACACACAACACAAAAUGUCAUGAGCAAUACACUUCUUGCAAGUCGUGCCAAUUCUGGAUUUUUUUUCUGUUUCAGAAACAUUUAAUGUAAUCUAUUAACUUUUGUAUUGUUUUUACUUACUGAAAGUAUUACUUGCAGCAUAUAUAGAGUACAGAGUGCUAAUAGAAAUACAAGACCUGAUAGUAUUUUCCUUGAAGAACAAGCAGAUCUUCUUGCAAUUGGGAUGUUGAUCAAUUGUAAGGUUUUACAGAUUUUAGAAUAUACAAAUAAAACAGUUUUGUCAAUUUUCAGAGUUUAUAAUUUUAUGAUACAUGAUACAAUGUACUCAAAUUUGACUUUUUUUAUCAAUUUAAUUUUCACAUUGGAUGUACCCUGUAAAAAAUGUCUUUGAAAAAUUAUGAAAUUCAAAUAUGUCCUUUUCAUAUGGUCAGUUGUGACCUGAUUUUGAAGAAAACCUGUGCAAUAAGAUGUUGAACACCAUGAGACUUCUAAAAAAUUUGAGAUGUGAAAAAGUUCACUAGAGACCAAAUCCGUAGCCUGUAGCUAAAUUUUAUGGAUUUUUUUAAAAGACGUAUUUUGUAUUAGCAUUAAAAAAGGGACAAAAGGAGCUUAGUAUAUGAUGUGUUGCAUUUCAACUAGCACUCAAUACAUUUAUUAAUAGCGUUAUGUAUAUGCAUAUAUGAUACCUGUAUGUUUUUGAACUACCUGUAUACUAUAAACUUUGGAUUGUAUUAGCCAAGUACUUACUUUUAAUUAAUAUCAAAAGAUAUAGAACCAUGUAGCAUUAACCUGUUAUUUAUGCCUAAAUAUUUGUGAAGAAUUAUUAUUAUUGUUGUUUAUAUUUUAAUGUUUUGCAGAAAUCAGUAUAUAUAGACAGAUGUGAUAUAUUAAACAUUUACAAUAAAAUUUGUAAUUUAA